UACCCCAAUUAAUCUGUGUAUCCCAAUCAACCAGGUAAAUUAUGGGUGGAAUUUUUGUUGCUCUAAAACCAGAGCCAAUUUAUCGCACUCGAUUUCCUCCCUGGAUUAAGAAGAUCAAAAGAGGAUAAGGUUCAAAAACCAAUCCAUUUUUUCCCGUCGAAGUUCUGAUCAGGAAUUAAGGUUAAUCGUCUUCUCUGAACCCUUCUCCUGCUCCAGUUAGGGUUUUAUUUGUUUAUCAGGUAUUGUUAGUGCACAAGUUGAAGAUUUUCAGUAGUGAACAAAGAAAGAAGCAGAGAAGGCCAUGGCAGAGAAAGAGAUAGAGAUAAUUACAGACAAGGAGGUAAUGAGAAAAUGGUCAAGAUCCAUGAGAGUUCAAGGCAAAACAAUAGGUUUAGUACCUACAAUGGGUUACCUUCAUGAAGGUCACCUUUCCCUUAUCAAAGAAGCGCAAAAGCAAGCACAAGUCAUUGCCGUCUCAAUUUAUGUCAACCCAUCUCAAUUUUCCCCUUCUGAAGAUCUUACAACAUAUCCUUCUGAUUUUCAUGGUGAUAUUCAGAAGCUUAAGUCGAUCCCUGGUGGUGGAGUUGAUGUUGUAUUCCACCCUCAAAAUCUGUACGAUUAUGGAGAAUUCGUUGAUAGUUGUACUAAUAAAGAAGAGAAGGAUAAAGGAGUGGAUUCUUGUAUUGGCAGAGAAGGGAAAUUAGGGCACGAAACGUGGGUGAGAGUUGAGAGAUUGGAGAAGGGAAUGUGUGGAAAAAGUAGGCCUAUUUUUUUCAGAGGUGUUGCUACUAUUGUUACUAAGUUGUUCAAUAUAGUUGAGCCUGAUGUUGCUGUCUUUGGCAAGAAAGAUUAUCAGCAAUGGCGAAUUAUUUGUCGAAUGGUACGGGACCUCGACUUUUCCAUUGAAAUAGUUGGUUGUGAUAUAAUGCGCGAUGCUGAUGGCCUCGCGAUGAGCUCGCGUAAUGUGAAACUAUCGCCUGAUGAGCGGGAAAAGGCCUUAUCUAUCAGCAGAUCACUCUCAAGAGCUAAAUCUGCUGCAGAGAAUGGUCAAAUUUCAUGUACAGAAUUGAGAAAUUCGGUAAUCCAAGCAAUUCUUGAAGCUGGAGGGAAAGUUGAUUAUGCUGAGAUUGUGGACCAGGAGUGUUUGGAAGCAAUGGAAAAAAUAAAUUGUCCAGUCGUGUUUUGUGUUGCUGCCUGGUUUGGGAAGGUUAGACUUAUAGACAACAUUGAAAUCAAUCACUGAUCAACCGUAGCCUGUCUAGUAUCUGGAUUCUGAUUAUAAAAAGAUGGAUCCUUAAGUAAGUUUAUGUUAAUCUUUUGCGUAUACCAAACUAGCAUCUCGGAUUGUAAUAAUGAUCCCUCAACUGUUAUACAAAAUUGCAUUUUGAGGCCAAUUCUUUA